AUGGAGUACCUGUGUCUUCUGAGUGAAGCCCUUGGAAAAUAUCUCCUUGCUUACGUAUGCCCACAUAAGUGUUUGAGUGGGAAGACAGUUCCACGGGGACUGAAGGAAAAUGAGGAAAGAGCCCAUAAGAAUAGUCAACUCUCCAGGGAGUUAUAUGUGGAGAGUGAGAAGGUUAAAAGGCAGGCAAAAGUUGGGAAGCUAAGCUUCUCCUUCACAGGAAUAGUAGGUGAAAAAUAUCCUGUCAGUGAUGAUGGGAUGCUGAAGGUGGAAGCUCUUUAUGGCACUGUUACCAAAUGUCCCCACUGUUCUGCUUUGUGCCUAUUACCCAGAACAGAAAUUCAUGAACAAUAUCAGAGAUACUAUGAAUGUGGCCCUUCUGGAGCUCCAGUUUCCUCCUCUUCUGGCUCCUGUACUAAGAUCCAGCAUGCGUCUCCAUGCUCCAUCUACUUCCUCCCAGGGUUCCUGAAUAGCAACUCCAUUUUCCUGUCUGGGCCCCGGCGGUUGUGGCGGCGGCGCCCGGCGUAUCAGAGCCCGCGAAGGCUCUGCUCCACCCUGCUGCAGAGGGACUCAUCCGGCCUGCGCCGCAUGCCCACCCUCGGGCUGCAACGCCAGUCGUCCCCGCUGGCGGCUGUCCCUCGACCGGCGGUUGUCCCCCGGUCCAGGUCCCCCAGGCUCCUGGAGGCGGCCUCGGGCGCUGUGAGAUGGUGUACCAGAACCGGUUUCUUCUACUAAAAUGUGUAUUCCAUGGGAAACAGUACAAGCAGACUCUUUAGUGCUCUCACCAAGACACUGAACAGCAGCACUGCCUCCCAAUACUCAGAGAAUUUGGUGUCAUCUGACCCAGAACUCCUGGAACCCACUGGUCCUAAAGAACUUCUUGAAGAAUGCAGGGCUGUCCUGCACACUCAACCUCCUCGGUAUCAGAGGGAUUUUGUGGAUCUGAGGACAGAUUACCCCAGUACACACCCACCCAUUCGGGUCAUGCAGUGGAACAUCCUCGCCCAAGUUCUUGGAGAAGGUAAAGACAACUUUGUACAGUGUCCCAUUGAAGCACUCAAAUGGGAAGAAAGGAAAUGUCUCAUCCUGGAGGAAAUUCUAGCCUAUGAGCCAGAUAUAUUAUGCCUCCAGGAAGUGGACCACUAUUUUGAUACCUUUCAUCCACUCCUCAGUAGACAAGGCACAUUUUUCCCCAAGCCCUGGUCACCCUGUUUAGAUGUAGAACACAAAAAUGGACUAGAUGGCUGUGCCUUGUUUUUUCUCCAAAACCGAUUCAAGCUGGUCAACAGUGCCAAUAUAAGGCUGACAGCUAUAACAUUGAAAACAAAUCAGGUGGCCAUUGCACAGACCCUCGAGUGCAAGGAGUCAGGUCGAGAGUUCUGUAUUGCUGUCACUCAUUUAAAAGCACGCACUAGCUGGGAGCGAUUUUGAUCAGCUCAAGGCUGUGACCUUCUCCAAAACCUGCAAAAUACCACUCAAGGAGCCAAAAUUCCACUUAUUGUUUAUGGGAACUUCAAUGCAGAGCCAACGGAAGAAGUCUACAAACACUUUGCUUCCUCCAGUAUCAACUUGAACAGUGCCUACAAGCUGCUGAGUGCUGCUAGGCAGUCAGAAUCCCCGUAUACUACCUGGAAGAUCUGGACCUCAGGGGAGUGCCGGCAUACCCUGGAUUAUAUCUGGUAUUCUAAACAUGCACUGAGUGUAAGGUCAGCUCUUGAUUUGCUAACUGAAGAACAGAUUGGACCCAACCGGCUGCCAUCCUUCAAUUAUCCUUCAGACCAUCUGUCUCUAGUGUGUGACUUCAGUUUUAAUGAGGAACCUGAUGGACUUUUAUAA